AUGGUGACGAUCAUCUCCUCCUGCACAGUCACUCCAAGCGAACCUACUCCAAAGCAUUGUUUGUGGUUGUCAGAGAGUGACCAGAUUGUGCCUUGGACUCAUGCACCUAGCAUCUACAUUUACAAGCCAAAACACAACCACAAUGUUAUCCCACAAAUGGUUUGUGGAAUGAGAGAAUCCCUUGGCAAGAUCCUAGUCCAUUACUAUCCACUAGCUGGUCGACUACGCUGGAUAGGAGAUAGUGAGCGUUUGGAAGUUGAAUGCAAUGCAAUAGGAGUGAAGCUCAUGGAAGCUGAAUCCACUAAAUUGUUGGCUGAAUAUGGUGAUUUUGAACCAAAUGAAACCAUCAAAGAUCUUAUUCCAAAGGUUGAUUAUAACAAACCCAUAGAGGAGGUUCCCUUGAUGCUAGUACAAUUGACAAGAUUCAAGUGUGGUGGCCUUAGUGUUGGAAUUGUAAUAUCCAAUGUCAUUGCUGAUGAAACGGCUGCUAUUCACUUCAUUAACUCAUGGGCCAAGCUGGCUCGGGGAGACAUGUUAGUGGAAGAUGAAAUGCCAUUUCUUGAUCGAACAGUUCUAAAAUCCAACCAACCACCACUUUUGGAACCAUGCUUUGAUCACCAAGAGUUCAAGCCAUUGCCACUUUUACUUGGUUGCUCUGACAACAUAGAGGAGAGAAAGAAAGAGACAAGUGUUGCUUUGUUGAAACUCACGAGGGAGCAAGUUGAGAAGUUGAAGAGUGAUGCCAAUGAAAUCAUGAAGGAAGAGAGUUUGAGGCCAAGUAGACCUCAUAGCAGAUAUGAAGUUAUUGCUGCUAAGGUGUGGAAGUCUGUGACUAAGGCCUGCCAAUAUGGUAAUAAUACCCUUCAGCCAUCAGCUGUUAGGGUUGUUGCUGAUAUCCGCAAUAGAUUGAAGCCCCUCUGUCUUAGUGGGGAUAUCAUAUCAAAACCAUUGGGCUAUGCUGCCCAAAAGAUAAGGGAAGCAGUUGAUAUACUUACAAAUGAGUACCUAAGAUCACAGCUUGAUUUUGUGAAGAGUCAGCAGCAUGUGGAUUGGCUAAGAGGUUCAUUCAACACACUUGGAUGCAUGCAUGCUCAGUUUCUAGGUAAUCCUAACCUUCAUAUUGUGAGCUGGAUGAGCAUGCCCGUAUAUGGAGCAGAUUUUGGAUGGGGAAAGCCUGUGUAUUUUGGUCCAGGAGCUUUGAGUGCUGAUGGCAAAGUAUUCAUCAUUCCAGGCCCUGUCGAUGAUGCCUCUCUUAUUGUAGCCAUUCGUUUGCAAACAGCUCAUAUGGAAGCAUUCCAGAAAUUCUUCUACGAGGGUAUAUCAUAA